AAGUGGGGAAUUAUCUUAAAGAUAUAAUAACACGAGUACUAUAUAAUGGUGCACCAACACUUUGAUGAUACAGUAGUCCUGUAAGUGAUCCAGUCAAUAUGCGGUUCUGUGAAUUAUUGUUUUUUGCACUUUUAUUAACAAUUGCAAAGAGCGAUGUGAUUAAUUAUACAAAUGACGUAAUAUCGCGUUUUACGCACGAAAUUAAUAAUUGGGUGCAAACACAAGAGGAAUCUGAAGAAUUUCGACAAUUAAUUCACAGCUUAACUCUUCCAACUAGCCUGCAGCGUGAUGAUUGGCGUAGUUUCGUCGGUGAAAAAAGCGCAACUGUUUGCAUAAUAUGUCAAUCUGUUUUAAAAGUUUUUAUAAACUAUCGUAGGCAAGGCAUGUCAGCGGAAAAAAUAAGAUCUCUAGUGAUUAAACUUUGUACUUUAAUGAACCUAGAAAAUGAACGAGUCUGCGACAGUGCGAUAACUAUCAAUUUGCCAGUAAUUUUGUAUAUCAUAGAUUCAAAGCCGAAUCUAGCGGGAUCUACUAUUUGUGGAGUUAUAUUAGAAUCGCAAUUUUGCCCACUCAAUGACACUGAAUUCAAUUGGACAGUCAAUAUUGAUAAUGGUCCCCCAAAACUAAUCGAUAUCGAAGAAAAUGAUGAAACCAUAAAUAUAGUACAAAUAACUGAUAUUCAUUACGAUCCUAAUUACGAACCUUACGGCAACUCGUAUUGUGAUGAUCCAACAUGCUGCCGAAAAGGACAAAACAACACAAAUACGAGCGGCAAAGUGGCAGGAUAUUGGGGAGAUUAUAAUUAUUGCGAUAGUCCAUGGCAUACCGUUGUCGAUGUCCUAGAUCACAUUAGAACUCAACAUCAAGAACGCAAGAAUCAUUGUCACAAUAUUUCCUACGUUUAUAUGACUGGCGAUAUAAUAGACCACGGUGUUUGGGAAACUACGCUUGAAGGAAAUAUAAAAAGUCUGAACAAAACAUAUCAUCAAAUUCACGAAACAUUCAUAAAUAUCCCUGUAUAUCCUAUCCUGGGUAAUCAUGAACCACAUCCUGCAAAUCAAUAUGCUCCUAAAGCUAUUACUAAUGAAGAAUUAAGCACACAAUGGCUAUAUAAGAUGGUGUCUGAUUUAUGGAUUGAUUUCGAGUGGUUACCAGAAUCUACACGGACCACAAUUCUGCAAGGUGGAUAUUACACGGUUUUGUCUAAAAAAGGAUUUAGGAUUAUAGCUUUGAAUAAUAAUGUAUGUUAUAGUUACAACUGGUGGCUAUGGUAUCAACCGCAAGAUCCUGACGGCCAAUUGCAAUGGUUGGCCGACACGCUUUUGCAAGCUGAAAAGAAUAAAGAAUUUGUGCACAUAUUAGGGCACAUUCCACCCGAUGACAGAGAUUGUCAAGCUACAUGGAGAAGAGAAUAUUUGAAAAUCAUCAACCGAUACGCCCACAUUAUUAGAGCGGAAUUUAACGGCCAUACGCACAAUGAUGAGUUACGAUUGCAUUACAGUGUCGACGAUAAGAUUAAUAAUGUUGCCUGGAAUGGCGGUAGUGCAACUACCUAUCAGAAUUUAAAUUCCAAUUACAAGCUAUAUAUUGUAGACAGCAAAAAUUAUGCAGUGAAAGAUUUCGAGAAUUGGACGUAUAAUUUAACUUUAGCGAAUGCUAACCCCAAUCAACGACCAUUAUGGUACAAGUCAUACUCAUUCAAAGAAGAAUAUGGCAUUUCCGACUUGACAUACGAUUCGUUACAUACUUGGUUGCAUGAACUGGCAAACAACGAGAAUCUACUAAAGCGCUAUUACAGGAAUUUCUUUAAACACACUGACCCAUCACUGAGGAAAGAGUGUGAUAUGCAAUGCAUGAAACCUUAUGUAUGCCGUAUAAUUGCAAGCUUGGGAAAUCAUAAGACUAAAUGUAUCAGCAAUCAGUAAUUUGAAUUUACAUCUAUUUUUACAGCUGUUUUUUAAUUUGAUUCAACAUUAGUGAAAAAAAAAUUAUUAAAGUGAAAAAAUAACUUUAUUUUGUAGAAAAUAAUUCACGAAAGAGUAACAUUCUACAUUUAUUACUAUAUUUGUACAAUCGCUUUUCAUAAUAAUAUUAUGUAUUUACAAGAAUAACAUAUUUUACAUUAUCUGUUAUUUUUAUUUAACUGUAAACAUUAUUGUUGAUGCUUACACAAACUUUUUAUGUCUAUUAAUUUUAAAACAGGUUUUCUUAAAACUUCAUUAUUUGGUAAACUGUCGAAUAAACAGAUCUGGAAAGUAAACACAAAGAAAUGUUUUUUUUAAUAAAGUACAGCUGCAUUGUAACAAGUUAACUUUGGCAAGUUCUUUCAUAACAAUAAAAUAUGGAAUAUAUUUGUGCAUUUAAA